UCUAGCCAAAACAUGUUGUUUUUUUUUUGCACGUUUAGGUUGCACUAUGCUUUAUUAUUUCUUUUUUUCCAUUGUGUGUGGUGCCUGAUAUGAAGGGUAAUCAUUCCCAUUCAGUGUCAAUCAUCAUUAGCUGUAAAGUUUUAUCCACCAUGGUUGGUGACUUAUCUUCUCUUCUGCAGUGUUUUUGUUUCUAGAUAAAUCUAAUUAAGGUUUUGCUACUGGAAGUGAUGAAGCUACUGGAAGUGAUGAAGUCUCUUUUAACUACUGUACAUCUGAAAAAGGACAUGCAUGCACCUGUGGUAUUGUGUGUGAGGUUAUAUCUACACCAAUGCAGCUUUUCAAAUCCAAAAUCCUUCUUUUUGUAAAAAAGAAAUCACUUACAGUUGGUGUAGUAGGACCUCACUAUUUUCUUCAUUCAUUAAAAUGAAUUCCCGCGGGUUCAGGUGUUAAAUCCGGAGUCCCAUUGGAAAGUGUUUUUCUGCCCUUUGGCCCAAUUUGGACCUUUCCCCCCGAAAAGUUUAUAUUGACUGUAUGAGCUUGUGCUGUCUCUCGGCUCAGAAGUUUGUUUUAAUGAGACGUAGCGGCUCCCAGCUGUUACAGAGCGAUGAAGGAAUGUUGCUCUGCAUUAUUUUUCUCUCCUAAAAUUAGAAACAACAUCACCUUCAGUCAUUUUCCCAUUGGCUCAAUGCCGACUUGCAACAUUCUCAGGUGCUUCUCUUGGACCUUUGAGACCCUUGCAAAUAUGGGAAUUGCCCUCAUGAGGGGGACGCUCUUAUGCGGGGCAACUCCCUGACUCCUGAAUUCCUCUGACUUGACUAAUUGAUUGGGUCACUAGGAAGUAUCUAGGCCAUACAUCUGUGGUGACCUGAUUGCGAUAAUUAGUGACCUAGGAUUAGUGAAGGGGACGACAUCAUGCUGUUUGGUUCCACGUCGCUUGCCUUUGCGACAAAAUCAUUGUCAUGCAGCUGCAUUUUACUUCUAUGGAUUUAAUAACCGUGUCUGGGUAGGCAUACGCAGUUACAGGUGUGCAGUCAUCUUCUUGCACAUGUGGAGGGAUUAUCCCGCCUUUGUAGCCUACGUGCCUGAGCGGCCCCUGCAAUGGCAGAGGGGACGGGACAAACAAGAUGUGAGGAUUCCUGUCACAUCCUGUACAUGGGAUGUACACACUAUUAGAAAUUCCUACAAUGCUGCACAAUUUGUACGGUUAUUUUUCAUAAAGUAGUCUUCAACUAUACUAAUCAAUAUUACUUUUUUUACAGGCAGAUAGUUGUGAUUCCUUUCAAGACACAUUUUUAAUCUCUAGGUUACCUAAUUUUGCUCUCCUUCAUAUUUUAUAACUUACACUAUAGAAAUAAUAUUUUCUAUAAAACCGCCCCUUUUUUUGGCUCUUUAAUUUUGUAAAACACAGUUUUGUCCUGUUUUAAUACUAUUAAUAGUCUUCACUUUAUUCCUGAUUUAGACUUUUUUCCAAUGUAUUGGUGAAUAACGGCAGCUGUCAAUCCUUUAUAUAUUCCUCAUCUACCAUUUCUGAUCAUACACACAUCUUUACGCUUGUUCCGUUCCCUGACUGAUGGCCCUCUCUGCCCGACACUGGCUGAUCCAAUUUAAGGAUGUCUUCAUCUAGAAUUAGCUUGUUUUGACCAGCCCGCAAGGCACCCUGGGAGGCUGUGGAGCUUAAGGCCGGUCGGUAAGCAGCAAGGGUAUAAAAUGCAGCUUGUGGCACAGGGCUGAACAACUUUAGAGGCUUACCAAGUGUUGAGAUCUGUAGCUCGGAAGGGAGUCUGCGUUGUUGCAUUUUUUUUUUCCAACAGCGAGCGGUGUUAGAACUCGAGUCCUGCAAACAUGGUUCUGGAGGAUUCUGAUGUGGAAAUGAUCGUUGCUGAAAUUGAAGUCAGCGAACACGAUGUUGAGACUCCUCACGGAAGACUCCACUGCACGAUGAAGGGCUCUCCCAAAGGGGACAGACCAGUCAUUCUUACCUUCCAUGACAUUGGCCUGAACCACAAAGCUUGCUGGGACCCGCUCUUCAACCAUGAGGACAUGGCGGAAAUCAUGCAGCAUUUUGCUGUGUGUCAUGUCGACGCCUUGGGGCAGCAUGAAGGAGCCAACACCUUUUCCACUGGGUACGAGUAUCCCUCUAUGGACCAGCUUGCUGAGACUCUCCCAUUGGUGCUGAAGCACUUUGGCCUGAAGAGCGUCAUUGGAAUGGGCAUCGGAGCCGGCGCAUACGUGCUGACCCGAUUCGCCCUGGACUAUCCAAAUAUGGCGGAAGGUCUCAUGCUCAUCAACAUCAACCCGUGUGCUGAGGGAUGGAUGGACUGGGCUGCCCACAAGAUCAGUGGCUGGACCCAUGCUCAGCCUGAUAUGAUUAUUACCCACCUCUUUGGAAAGGAGGAGAUCAACCAUGACCAUAUCGCUACAUUCCGCCAUCAUAUCUUGAACAACAUGAACCAGUUCAACCUGCAUCUCUUUGUCAAGGCCUACGAGAGCCGGAGGGAUCUGGAUAUUGAGAGGCCGGUCCCUGGAUGUAAUGCCAGAACUCUCAAGUGCCCUUCUCUGCUGGUGGUCGGCGACAAUUCUCCUGCUGUGGAUGCUGUGGUGGAGUGCAACACCAAGUUGGACCCCACAAAAACAACCCUCCUUAAGAUGGCUGAUUGCGGAGGCAUGCCCCAGGUCGACCAGCCUGGAAAGCUGACGGAAGCUUUCAAGUACUUCAUCCAGGGAAUGGGGCACAUGCCCUCUGCCAGCAUGACCCGCCUGGCUCGCUCCCGUACCGCCUCUGGCUCCAGCAUCACUUCAGAUGGCAACCGCUCGCGCUCCCACACCCACGAUGGCAAUCGCUCGCGCUCGCACACCAACGAGGGGAGCCGCAGCCGCAGCCACACGACCGAGCACGGCCACACGGACGGCACAGCCAACAACAACGUGGACCAGUCAGGGCCCAAGUCCGCUGAAGUCUCCUGCUAA